AUGGUUGGCAAAGAGCAUAUUCAGUCCAUUGAGGACCAGUUGAAGAAUUUUCAUGCUCUUGAGCACCGUCUCAAAAGUCUUGAGGCGCAGCUUGAACGACAGCAACAGGGGUCUGAGUACAUCCCACAGCAAGAAUCUGGACAGACAAAUAUAGUUCCUCUGACAAAUCGUAACCUCAACGAUGUCUUCGACGGCCCUGAGCGUAUGGACGGCCACAGUACUGACCCUCAACUCACGUCUCCAAGUGACGCUCCUACCACUAGCCUCGCGGAAUCCAAAGAUCCGACGGACGGCAUGGGGCAUUUCUUAUUUGCCGAUGAGGAAAAUCGAGCAUCCUUUGGGCCAUCUUCUAGCAUUGCCUUUACGUCUGAUCUUUCACAGACACUGUGGAGCUUGUCACAAAACCGUGGAUCAUUCGUCCCUAGCCAAGGAAAUUUGACAUUUUCAGAGUUCCACAUUGCCAGGGUCUCACGGCACUCUUCCCCGGCCCCGGAGCUUGAGCGUGACAUGCCGUCGAUCUAUUACUUGCCUGCAGAUGGAGUGGUUACAGCGUUGAUCGACAAGUACUUCUCAGAUACCGGCCUGCUGUUUCCCUAUCUUCACGAAGAAAGCUUCAGGAAUACAUACGCACAGCUGAAGAGCAAUGCGGUGGCAAUCUCUCGCACAUGGCUUGGCCUUCUAAACAUGGUCUUAGCCAUAGCUACACACACUUCGACAUCUCCUUCGUCGGACGCGGAGGCACGUAGCGAGCAGGCUGGCCAAUUUUACCGUCGGGCGAAUAGUCUAUGCAAUGACCAUGUGAUGAACGGAGCGAGCUUAGAAAUAGUUCAAUACUUGCUUCUGGUGAGCCAAUAUCGACAGGGCACAAAGUCCUCGGCUCAAACUUGGGCAACACAUGGUUUGGCUGUCAAGGUUGCUCUGCAGCUUGGGCUUCAUUCCUCCGAGGCAUUGAAAAGAUUCCCGCCAUUAGAGCGUGAGAUCCGCAAGAGAACAUGGUUCGGAUGCAUUGUUCUUGAUAGAAGCCUCAGUAUGACACUUGGAAGGCCAGCAUCCAUACCAGAGUCUUACUCCCGUCUCGAGCUCCCAAAAUACUAUGAUGGCAUUGAGCCCUGGCCGCGACAGCCGUGGCAACUACAGCGGUGCCGACAUAGCACUGACUUUUUCUGUGCUACAAUACGAUUAUACGCAAUCAUUGGUGAUACUAUUGAUCUCUUAUAUGGCUCUAAUCUGGGCUGUGGAGACGAGCUUACUGACUAUGAGCUGGUGAUACGCACCCUCAAACUAAGACGUCGUAUUGAUGAAUGGUACAAACAGCUCCCACCACACAUGCCCAUCAUCAAAGCAGAAGAGCACCAAGGAUAUCUAGGCUCGGAUCAACUCCUCGAUCGCCUCCGAACCAUUCUCGCACUGCGAUAUCAUAAUAUCCGGAUCUUGAUCCAUCGCGCGGUGCUCGUCCGUUUACUGAAAAUUAUCAACAACUCUCAGACUGGUAGCACGCCGACCCUGGGAACAAGUGAAUUGAAAGAUGUCGUUGGAAGCACGGUGGAAUACUGCAUCGAUUCUAGUAGUGAAAUUAUCAACAUACUCCAUGCAGUUGAGCACGGAAAUGAGGAACGCCGUGGCAUGCUUGGUGCCUGGUGGUUUACCUUAUAUUAUGCUUUCGAUGCCGCCCUCGUACUAUUCACGAUCUUGUUGCUUUUACGAAGAACCACCUACGUUACUCUGCCAGCUCGUUGCACGCCGGAAUCACUAAAAGAGCUAUUCACAAAAUGUGUAGAGGCUUUGGGGCUCUUGGACAAAGGCAACACCACCGUGAAGCGGUGCUCGCAAUGUUUACAAAAGUUGGCGGAAGUGAUUAAAUGGACCGAAUCAAAUCAUCCUCAAGAGCCUGUCGUGGCUAACCUUGAACUGAGUGAGAAUUCACAAAUUGGCAAUUUAUCCGAGCCAUUCAGGGCUUUUUCGCCCCCUGGAAGCUUCGAUGGCUUCUUGCACCAGGAUCUAUCACUGUUUAACUUUGAUUUCAUGGCAAACGAUAGAAUGGGAUUCCCAGAUGAGUUUGGACAGAGUCGGCCGCUAUGA